AUGUCCGCUGCACCUCGGAGGAAACUGGCCUGUCGCCCAUGCACCCGGCGCAAGGUCAAGUGUGACAAACAGAUCCCAUGCCAGAAUUGUGUGAGAAGACGGACUCUAGCAGAAUGCGAACGCGACGAUCCCGACCAUGAGCAAGGACGUGGACACAGCAGAAUAACCAGUAUUGGGUCCCAGCCCGACGCGGCAUCCGCUGUUGGUGCUCUUCGUGCCCGAGUCGCGGAACUCGAGGCUGCCUUGCAAGAGAGAAUCACAGAGGCUAAUGUGGCACAAUCUCCGACGACACCAGCAACAGAGCAGGCUGAGGGCAGGGAUGUGGCACAGCGGAGGUCGUCGUCGCCCAGUCAGGGGUCAGACAUUGAAGAUGCCGUCACCGUCCUGGAGUUCCUGGCCUGGGGCCGCAUGAAGGAUCCCGAUAAUGCGAUGCUGUCGCCCGAAGCGCUCCGGGUGUCUGAGCACGACGAUGGGGGCAUUGGCGUCAGUCCGGCCGAGGAGCUCGACUGCGCCCUCGACUCGGGCGUGCAUCUCCUGUCGUGGUUGCAGAUCCUGCUCCCUUCCCGCCGCCAGGUGUACCAGUUAGUCGACUACCACGGCGACUGUAUGCUGUGGUUCCACGGCUCGUACUUUGUGCCGACCUUCUCCCAGGAACUCGCCGCGUUCUACACCGACCACGGCGGGAAAUUCGACUCCCAGGGACUCACCCUGCAAUGGGUGGCCCUGCUGUUCUCGAUCAUGGCUGGGACAAUCACCUCGGCCCCGGCGCACGAGGCGAGGAAAUGGGGAUUCGACGAGAGCGAGGCACGGCUGUUGUCUCAGAAAUGGUACAAGGCGGUCGUUGUCGCGCUGAAUGCCGCCAAUUACAGCGCUCAUCAUUCCUUACAUGCCGUCCAGGCCAUCACAACCCUGACCAACACCGCACACAUGCUGGGCCACUCGAACGCUCAAUCCGUCAUGCUGGCGUCUGCCGUCCGCAUCGCACAGAGUCUUGGUCUGCACAGACUGGACGACGAUGCGCCCGGCGGCGCCGUCGAGCUCGAAACAGGCCGGCGCGUGUGGCAGGAACUGUGUACCCAGGACUGGUUCAGCACGGCAUUCUCCGAGUCGUACUCGAUCAACCCGCUGCAUUCGACGUCUCUCCCGCCGCAAAACUGCGACGACGACCUGAACGUCCUGGACGAGUCCGAGCCCACCGUCACCAGCUUCUGUCGGUUCCUGUCCAAGAUCGCGGCCAUUAUGCCUGCUCUACAGGACGCCAUGGCCCUGUCCAACACACUCUAUACCAAGCACGAGGCCGUUCUGGUGCACGACAAAAAGAUGCGGUCCCUGGCCACCGGACGGCCCUCGUUCCUCGCCAACACGGCCUUUGACACCACGUGGCCCUGCUACAUUCCCUGGGCGCGCCGAGCCAUCGCGAUGAGUUCUGCACACAAGAUUAUCAUGAUUCACAGGUACAUCCCACCCCUCUUCUCUGUCUGUCUGUCUGUCUGCCUGCCUGCCUGCCUAUUCUCUCGCGUCCCAGCUGACAGGAAUGUUCGCACGGACAGGAAACUCCUCGGGCUCAGCUUCACCAACCCCGUCUUCGGAUUCACGCGCCGAACCUGCCUGGCGGCCUCCAAGACGAUCCUGAAGGAGUACCUGGCGAGCAGCCGGGACGAGUCCAGCCCGAUGCUCUGGACGCACCAGGCCUUUGCCGUCGCCGCCUGCAUCGUCAUCUGCUUCGACACCCUGCACUCGCCGUACCCGGCGCAGGACGAAUCCCAACUCAUCGACCAGACCCUCGAGCACCUGCAGCUGUGCCAGCAAAAGAGCAUGAUCGCCGCGCGGGGCGUCAAGGUCCUCAACGCCCUGCGCAGGCAGAUCGAGGACCGGGCCGCCGUUGCCGUUGUCGUCGUCGAGAGUGGUCGAAAGAGAGCGGUUGUGUCCAGUGACGCCCUCGUUACGAACAGCAGGACUCGGAGAAAACGUCGUCGAGGGUUCGACGCGGCAGAGUUUGCCCGGUCGUUCUCCGAUGGGCGAGAUCGUCCUCAGCAGCCUCUGAGUCAGGGCCGUGCGGAGCGUCAAAGUCAAAGUUCUGUCGCAGAGACGGAUUUUAUGCAGCAGCAGCAGCAGCAGCAUGAGACAGGAGAGGAUGUGACCCAGCCUCAAAGCCUCGGCGUGGACGAACCGCUGACUGUGCCUGCGGAUUUGAAUUGGUUGUGGAAUAUGCCUCUCUCGGACGAGGAUGGUAUGCAAACAUUUGACAAUUUGAUGUCUUUUGCAAAUCAAGGUCGUGCAUUCUAG